CAGAACAAGAUCGAUAAUCUGUAAGGUUCCAAUGGCGAACCUGCAAAUUGUUCCAGCUUCCAACAACGUGGAAGCACAGUACGUGGAGAUGAUGGUGCCUCUGUACUCACAUGGAUGUGAGAAGAAAGUAAAGAAGACAUUAGCCGGAAUUAAAGGGAUAUACUCAGUGAAUGUGGAUUAUAAUCAACAGAAGGUGACAGUGUGGGGAAUAUGCAACAAAUAUGAUGUGCUAACGACUAUGAGGACCAAGAGGAAAGAAGCCCGGUUCUGGAAUGAUGAAGACAACGCGGAGAUGGAAGAACCCGUGAAAGAUCCCAAGCCUAUGACUUUAACUAGAGUUCGCUCUCUUAGCUGGAAAGCAUGGAGGAUGGUCUUCAAGAGAUCAUAUUCCUUUUAAAGAAAAAUUGGAAGUGGAUAAAUAAGAAUAAAACACAACUUCCUCAUUUCUGAGAACUUUGAUUUGAUGUAAAUUGGCCAACAUACAUUUCCCACAUGAUCAGUUGGUGGACCACUGUUUCUUCAAGCAUUCCGGCUUCCUAAAUGUAUAUCUUUUUGACAAAUUCGGUUGCUUCUCCUUCCUUCUUUCGCCUUGUUUGGUAAGUUUUGUGAAAAGUCCUUGCUCUUUCAAUUAUAUCUAACAGGUCAGCAAGUGUGUGCGCCAAUAGUCCCUUCCUGUUCAAGGGCUCCACAACGCGUUAGAAGAAUGAUUUCUACCCUGAUGCAUCAAAAUCUCAUCACAAACUCGCAAGUUCAUAUCAUUUGCUGAGAGAAAAUUUGUAGAUGGUGAUUUCUAAAAGGUGAAACGGCAUGUAGUUACCCCACCAAGGAAAAGAGUCAUGUGUUGUGUUCACAAUGUUUGAGAUAUGAAACAUAUAAUGACCCCUGAAACAGAAAAUUUCAUUCGGAUCCUA